AUGGCGAAUCCCCACCGCACAAACGUCCUGGUCACUUCGUGUUUGAAAACGCCGGUGGACCCGAACACCAAAGCGCCAUUAGCCUCAUACGAGCGGGAGAGAGUCCUGCCGUACACGGCUACAGGUCAUAUGGACAACCGGGACUACGAGAAGGAGCUGGAAUAUGAGGACUCGGGCUCUGACUUCUGUGAUGAGGAUUAUCCGGGUAAGGGCGGCCCUCUCGUGAUUAACGACUACAGAGCAGCAGGAGACCGCCUCGACCUGAGUGACAUCUUCUUCUCCAACGAGGAGUACUACAGCAAGCUGGAGGAGCUGAAGAAGGCCCACCUCCGCACCAUGGCCGAGCUGGAGAGCAUGUAUCGGCGAAAGCUGCAGCUCAAAUGCAUGGAGCCUUUAGACGCGACAACGCUGGAGGCGGGGCAGAGGCAACCGUGGUCAAACACCAGCCCAGCACCUUCACGCCGUUUGAGGAAGUCCCACUCUGCUCUUGAACUCAGGAGGAGUUCAAGACAGUCAAAUUCAUCGGACGAGGAUGAAGCUGCCAGUAACGUUGUGGAGAAAGGCCUGCUCCUCUCUCCCAAAGAGCACAUUAAGAACAUGUGGAAGGACUUCAAGCUGUCCCCUCACAAUCGUCACCUGUCGUCCUCCUCGCUGCCAGGAGAGCAGAGUCGACCGGGAAAGGGAAAGGCCAAGAAGAGGCAGAGGCUUAAAGACGGGGAGCAGGAGAACUGGAAACACAGAAUGACCGUCCCGAAACCUUUCCAGAUGACCCUGCGCGAGGCCGAGAGACGAAAGCGUGGCAUAAAGACGCGUUCAGAGAUCGAACUGGAGAACACAGAGCUGCGACGGCAGCUAGAAGAACUGACGGAGUGCCAGAGGAAGUUUCGCGCCAGCCCCUUGCCGGCACAUGUUCACCUCCCGCUCUAUGAAGAGCUGCAGGAGCGGAAUGACGAGCGGCGGCGAAUCACGCGCGAACGAGAAGACCAGCUUCUUCGAACCAUCCAGAAACCUUUCAGCUUCCUGGAGAGGGAGCGACUGAAGAAGGAGCAGAAACAGCUGCGUAACCCACAGCCGUCAGGCCGGGAGAAAGUUAAACCUUUCAAGGCCAAGCCUGUGCCUAAGGCAGUGUACGCAGCAGCAUCAGGGGAGCUGAUGAAGGAGGAGCAGCUGUAUCGGUCCAUCAAGAUACAGAUGAGAGCUCAGGAGCUGCUCCAGAGUGCUUCUUUGCCUCCCAGCAUGCUUGCGCGACGACUCAGCGAACGCAAGAAGACCAAAGACGGCAGCGAUGCAGCCGGAGGGGAUAACAGCUUCUCCCACAAACCCCAGAUCAACAAAGAGGUACCUGACUUCGACGCCAGUUACCGACGCUUCCAGAAACACCUGGAGAAGCGAAAGGAGGUGAAGCCUACAACCGCAUGUGAACCCUUUGAUCUGAGGACGUCGCAGAUCUGCUCGCACCGUGAACGCAUCCUGGCCGACAUCGAGAAGGAGCAGAGCAGCCCUCGGAUGCUGCGUUGGCCGUACAUCAGCUCUGGGCAGGCUCGGACGCCAAACUCAAGCCUCUGUUCGUCUCUCUCCGGCAGCCUGGAGCUCCUGCCUGCCAAAGUCACAGAUGCUACCAAAAAGCGCCAUGAGGCCGUGAGAAAGGUGCUUGAGCAGAGGAAGAAGGCUGAGGAGGAGGAGGAGCGGUGGAAGGAGACGCAGAAGCACAGGGAGAAAAAGCUGCAGAGGGUGGUGCUGAAGCGUGCCCAGGCCAACGACCCCCACCUGGCACUGUCACAGACCCACCAGAUGAAACUCAAAGAAUUCAGGAAACAAGACCUCCAGCGCAGGAAAGAAUACCAGCAGGAGAUUAAGGAGAUGCAGCAGAGAGUGAAGGGGCGGCCGCUGCUGCUGGAGCAGGUUGCACAGAGGAAUGCCAAACAGGCAGCGGAGAAGCGCUACACAGACGCCCUGCAUGGAUAUGAACUGACUGAGGAGUUCGUCAGCAGCAAGGCAGCCAAGUCAGGAUCUGCACGCAACGCCACCCAGUCCAGUGACGGCAAACAGAGUGACCAAGAGGAGCCAGACAUGGGAUAUGAACCCGUUCGCUACAGAAAGGUCUUCCUGGAUGACGAAGACGUGGAUGAUCCGCACGAGAGGCAACGACGGAAGGAGGACGGGGAGAGUGAUGAGGCUUCAUUACACCACCGUGACGGAGCAGGCCGCAGCAGUCGCCGCUCAGAUGAGGAUGACGGUAGCGAUGAUCACCGCUAUUCUGAUGAAAGUUUCCACUACUCGGACGAUCAUGACAGUUAUUCAGAAGACAGCGAGCGUGAUGCUGACACCAGGCAGCAGGAGGCGGGAGAAUGA